AUGCUCCGCCGCCGCCAGCUUCUCCACCCUCCUCCUUCCGCUCGGGCCUACUCCGCCGCCGUCGCCGCCGCCGAGCUCAAGAGCCUCCUCCAGGGACCGAUUCCGACCCGCCAUCUGCUGCAGAUCCACGGCCGAGUGUUCAGAGUCGGCGCCCACCAGGACGAUCUCAUCGCCACCCGCCUCAUCGGCCAGCAUCUCCCCCGCCUUGCCCCACGCCUCCUCCGCCUCCUCAGCAACGCCGGAAUAUUCCCCUUCAACGCCGCCAUCCGAGUCCUCGCGGAUUCCGGCAGCUCCGCCGCCGCCUUCUCCGUCUUCAGGACCCUCAAGCGCCGCUCCAUCUCCCCCAACGCCUUUACCUUCUCCUUCCUCCUCAAGGCCUGCUUCUUCCAGUCCUCCCAUGGCUUGGAAACCCGGCAGGUCCACGCUCAGAUUUUCAAGCAUGGGCUGGAGGAAGAUCCUCCCCUCUGCAAUGGUCUCCUCUCGGCGUACGCGAAGGGCGCAGAUGAUCUCUCCAAUGCCCAGAAGCUGUUCGAGGGAAUGCCGGAGAGGAGGAUCGCCGUUUCCGUCUGGUCUUGCUUGAUUAGAGGACUCGCUCAGGGGGACCGGCCGGUGGAAGCUCUGUCUCUCUUCCUGAGGAUGCGAGAGGAGAGGCUCUCGCCGGAGGACGACACCAUGGUGGCUGUUCUGUCGGCGUGCUCGAAGAUCCAGGACAUCGAGAUAUGGAUCGAGCUCCUCCUCUCCAGCCGCCGACCUGCUGAUGCAGAUGAUCCGAUCGACAUCAUUCUGAUCUACCUGUGCGGGAAAUUGGGCGAGAUCGAAAGGAGCAGGGUGAUUUUCGAUGCAGUGGUUCAGAGAUCCGGAAGGAGGACAAGGAUGAGCAUAAUACUCUGGAACUGUAUGAUCAGCGCGUGCGCUCAGAACAGCCGACCCGCCCAGGCUGUAGAUCUCUUCCACCGGCUGGUUUCUUCUCCAGAUCACCCGAAGGCCAACCACGUCACUAUGGCCAGCAUCCUCCCCGCGAUCGCCGAGAUCGGAGAUCUCGAGCUCGGUAGGUGGGCGCACAGGUUCAUGGAGGCCGAUAGCCGCCGCCAGGGUGUUCUCCGGAGUAACUCUAUCCUCGCCACCGCCUUCGUGGACAUGUUCUGCAAGUGCGGGAGCCCCGAGGAGGCGAGGAAGAUCUUCGGAGGGAUCGCGAGCAAAGACGCUAUCUGCUUCAACGCGAUGAUGGCGGGGCUGGCCGUCAACGGGCGGGGAGCGGAGGCGCUGCAACUCUUCGCAGAGAUGAGGGAGAUGGGCGUGCGCCCCAAUGGGAGCUCCUUCGUGGCCCUCCUCUCCGCCUGCAACCACGCGGGGAUGGUAGCGGAAGGCCGCCGGCUGUUCGAGGAGAUGCAGCGGCGCCACUCGAUCAGGCCGGAGGCGGAGCACUACGCCUGCUACGUGGAUCUCCUCGCCCGGAGCGGGAGGAUCGAGGACGCGGCGGCGGUGGUGGAGGCGGCGGCGGCGGCGGAACAGAACGAGCAGGUAUUGGGGGCGAUCCUCAGCGGCUGCCUAGUCCACGGCAGAGUGGAGCAAGCGAUGGAGGGGGGCAGGAAGCUGGUGGAGGAGGGGCCGGAGAUCGCCGCCGGAUACGUGAUGCUAUCGAAUGCCUGCGCCGCCGGCGGGCGGUGGGAGGAGGUCGCCGGAGUGAGGGGGUUGAUGGUGCAGAGGGGACUGAGGAAGGAGCCCGCUUGUAGUUGGAUCACCCUCGGAGGAGUCACUCGCGAGUUCCACGUGGGAUGUCUUGAUUGGAUGGAGUUUCAUAUUGUUCAGGAAAUUUGGAAAGCUUGCGAGUUGGUCUAA